CAGCCUGUCACCAAAUAUGCCCAACCACAUACAGACAGUGUGACUGCCUCUGACAGCGACGUGUACAGGCAUAACCGUGUACUGCAGGAUAUUCCGAUGACUUGGAAAUCGACCGACUCAGUGUGUGGUUAUGUCUGGCUCUCGCUUCUUGUAGCAGGAGUACGAGGAUGGAUAGCUGAUGGCAGUAACUACAUCAUCGCAUGCCCCAAGCUCCCGUCCGCCAGUCUGGUGAAGUGUACCCUUCACGUUCAGGGCUCAGAGGGCACCGAGAUCACACUCAACGGGUCGGGGAGUGGUUACCCCAGGACGGAAACCAUUACAGACCUGUUGGCGAUAUCAAUAGUUAUACAGGAGGCAUCUUCCUCUGCCUUCAUCCUAACCGUACAUACAACAGACGUCGUGUCGAUCUUUGUUCAAAAUGAGGCAAACGGUACUACAUCAAGUUCUUACCUGGCUUUGGCUCUAGAUGCUAGCCUAUCUGUACCCUACACAGGCCCCAGCUUUGAGAAUGUCUUUAUGUCCUUUCCUAUAUCACCACCGGAACAUAAUCUGUACAUAGUGGCAUCUGCAUACGCAGCCACAGUGGUGACAAUUGGCUUGAAGUCCACAGGGCCUGUUGUUUUUGAAAGCAUAACAUACUAUAGCGGAGACACGAUAACCGUGUCUGUAGGUGCUCUGCUUGGCAUUGAGAUCAUCACAGAGGAAGACUUGACAGGCAGUCUUGUAACCUCGGAUAAACCCGUCGGAGUGUUCUCGGGAACCAUCGUUGGAGAAACACUGGAGCAGAUCCCCACAAUGUCCAAAUGGGGGACCCCUACCCCUGUGCUUAAUACGGAUCUGUGCAACUCGGACAUGUUCUUGGCAGUAGUGUCAGAAGCGGGAACGUUACAAAUUAAUGAAAACAAUUCUGUGCUUGAGAUACCUUUACUCAAAGGUGGCGCUCACCAAUACUCGCCCAACAACACCGGAAUGAUCCAAGGAACAUCAGCUCUGGUGGGACUGAGAUGUCUGAUUGGAGAAAACGACAAACCUCUACUUCUGACUUUAAAUACUUUUGCGUCCCUGGGAACCGAAUACAAAUGUGUCACCUUCUCCGGAUUUGUUAAUACAUUGUACAUCACAGGUUUCAAAACUGUUGAUACUCCAUAUGAUAUUAAUGGACAGGCUGUCAAUUUCACCCUGGUUGACACUUACAGUGCCGCUACUGUCAGUACGUUUAGAGAGCGUGUGCCUGACGGGUUUUUUGUUGUAAAAUCAUACGACACAUUUCCCUUCUUACCAUACGUGAUCGGAGUGACGCCUGAUGGGACCAGUGCCUAUGCGCAUGCGUGUGCGUUGGGUUCUUUAGGAACCCUUCUACCAGAGCCGUCUAGUAGCCUUCCCAGUGCUCUUACGUCAAUGUUAGAUUCCGCCUCUGAGUCUGUCCACGUGACGUCAUCGAUUACGGAAACGUCAGUUGACGUCGCACUGUCUUCAAGUGUGGAUAUUGCACCAAGUUCUACUCUUGCAGAGAGUUCCUCCUUAUCGCAGAAUAUGGAAUAUUCUACAUCAGAACCAACUACAAGCGUCAUGGAUGUCUCGCCAUGGGCGUCAAGUGAUGUCGCAUCAAGUUCUGCUCUAGCGGCAAGUUCUUCCUCGCAGAACAUGGCAGCUUCUCCAACGACAGAUACUUCAUUUUCGUCGACCGCCCAAGUUGUGGAUAACAGCAUUGCAUCGUCAUCCCCAUCCGCUACUGAUGCAGCAACAAGUGACACCAGCCUUGCAACUUCCUUCUACAUUCUCGCAACAUCUACCAGCAAUAACGCAGUCACCAGUUCAUUUGCAUCCUCUAACAGCAAUAACGCAGUCACCAGUUCAUUUGCAUCUUCUACCAGCAAUAACGCAGUCACCAGUUCAUUUGCAACAUCUACCAACAACAACGCAGUCACGAGUUCAUUUGCAACAUCUACCAGCAAUAACGCAGUCACGAGUUCAUUUGCAACAUCUACCAGCAAUAACGCAGUCACGAGUUCAUUUGAAACAUCUACCAACAACAACGCAGUCACGAGUUCAUUUGCAACAUCUACCAGCAAUAACGCAGUCACCAGUUCAUUUGCAACAUCUACCAGCAAUAACGCAGUCACCAGUUCAUUUGCAACAUCUACCAACAAUAACGCAGUCUCCAGUUCGGCCGUGACCCUAUCACCGACUGGAACCACCACGACACCGUCGGUUUCAACAACACCGAUGCAGACAACAGCACUCGCUCCUGUCACAGCGGGCACCCCAAGUGAGGUUCAGGAGAUCUGUCUUUGCAGGUGUGGUGAGAGGUUGAUUUUGGCCAACGAAACCAAAUUGUUUCUGGAACAAUUUGAUAUAGAGAUUAAGGAGAACCUAACUCUUGACACCAAGUCACUAUCUGCCUACAUUCGCACUAAAACCAGCGCAGAGGAUGAACGUCCGUCAGCUCAGAACUUUGGCUACCUAGGUAUAUCUAUGUUGUCCAUCACGUUUGGUGUUUUAAUAUUAUCGGAUCUUCUCAGCCUUUUUAAAAUCGCCUCAAAAAAGAAGACGUCUUAAGCAUCUUGAAUGUGAAAUUAUGCCUAAGAUUGUUUUUGUAUCCAAACACUGUCCUGACUCUUGUUUCACGAGACGAUGAACAUAGACUUGAAGAUGAACAUGGCUUAGGCCUAUUGGGCGAGUUUGUAUUUCAGUUACAUCAAGGCGUUUCACCUUCAGGAUGGAGGAAAGGCCGAAGUGAUGCAGGUCUUUAAUACUUUGGCGAAACCCACGAGCACGUGUAUGUUGUUGCAACCCGGAAACAUCAUCAGUUUAAACCAAGAUUCGAACCACUAUCCUGGGUUCCUGGCUGCCUAAUGAACGUACUUCUGCAUAGCGACUUACGUCGUUUCAGACGACAAGGCCACCUGUGCCCAUAAGAGCCGCGAGAAAGUCUUCUCCUCUCACAUAUAGCAGGGGCGGUCGAGGUAGCCUGGUGGUUAAAGCGCUCGCUCGUCACGCCGAAGACCCGGGUUCGAUUCCAGACAUGGGUACAAUGUGUGAAGCCCAUUUCUGUUGUCCCCCGCCGUGAUAUUGCUGAAAUAUUGCUAAAAGCGGCGUAAAACCAAACUCACACACACACACACUCACAUAUAGCAAGCUUAUCUCCACAACAUAGAGACACUGGCACUUAUUACAGCGUCUAGAGCGUGGACGAUAAAUAGUAAAUCCUCUCCAUAAUAUAUAUAUUGAACCCACGUGAUACGAUGUUUAUUACUGUUAUGUGUGUGUAAACUGAGAACCUUAUGUGCCUAGAACCCGCGUUCGAUGGAAUCACGGGACUUUAUUUGCAUUGAGCCCACAUGGCGACAACACUUCCGGGCAAUAGAAAGUAUUCACUUGAAAACUGGUUUUAAAAAUUAAAUAUAUUCGCAUAAUACACAACUUCUGGUGGGUAUCUCUGACAAUAAUUCAAUCAUGGUUGGGAUCAUGUGAUUGCAGAUUUAUUUCAUUCUCCCGUCUUUGAACAUUGAACCAAUUUAUUUUUACUCAAAAUUACCCAGUCACAUGUUACUUUUUACAAACUGUUAUGGUAAAAAAGGACAUAAUCUAAUCAAAGUUCGUUUUUUUAUUUUUGAUAACAGAAAAGUUAUGUAUACUUUCUUUUGCCCCUCAGUUAAUGUUCAACUGUGGCAUUUACUGUGUAUAGAGACAUAUUGUACAUAUGUAUAUUAUCUGAGUUAUAACAGCAGUUAUACUCAGCAGUUAAUCAAAGGAACCUGUUCACAUUUCCACGUGACCCUGUUGUUUUUGUUAAAACAACUGUGAGAUAUAUUGUGACUUCUGCCACAUUUGCUAAUGACGUUGGGCGUGCAAUGUGUAUCCCAGCCUCUCACUAUGCACCAAAAGACAUUAAAAGAUAUAUACUUGUUGUUACCUUGCCUGGCGAUCGGCAUAAAGGGGCUGAAACAAGGACUGGUCAGUAUACUUUGUCUGAGUUGGGUAUCCAUGUUAAACUGUGGCAUGGUAUCUCAGUAGGCUAGCACUAUAAACUCUUGGACGCGACGUAAACCCCCAUUUCACCUCACAUACCUCUUGCAAAAUGUAUAUUAGUGCAAUGAUCUUGAACGCGACGUUAAACCCAAUUUCGACCUUACCACCUUUUACUUUGUACAUACAAUAAACUACGGUUAUAACGAACACGUUUAUAACGAACUGGUGUGUUUUUUGGCCCCAUCCAUUUGCUGUAUAUAUGUUUAUAACGAACUACGGUUAUAACGAAUUAAAAUUAGUGGUCCCUUUGAAUUCGUUAUAACUGUAGUUUACUGUAUCUUAUUGUCUGUUGCAAAUCAUGCAUAUGUAUUUACACCAGGCUGUGAUAUUUUGUUUAAUCAAAUUGUAAUUUGUUUAAUAAACGUAUUUUUUAUAAACA